UUUUACAUUUUAUACACUCACAUAAAAAUGAUUAUAUAAAUAUAGGAAUAUGUAUCCAAACACAUAGGCCAUAAUAAUAACAUACAUAAAAUCCAAUGAGGCCAGAAUUACCUAAACACGGACGUCGCUGGGCGUCCGAUACAGUUCCCGGUAAAACAACGCUCAGCAGCGGCGGAACAUCUCCCGGAGCUGGCAGCAGCACCGCCGAUUCUCUCGAUAUAGAAUUCGUGGAAGUAACGUUUGAUUUACAAGAUGACGACACUAUCAUUCUCCGGAGCGUUGAGCCUGCCGCAUCAACAGUUAUUAACGUAGAAGAUGGAGUCUCACCAUCAUCAUCCGGAGUUGAAACUACUCCGGCUUCCGCUUCCGCUUCCGCCUCGGUUUCGAGAUCGCCGACGAUGAUGAGGCGAAGUUCAUCGAACAGGUUUUUACAGUUUUCUCAGGAGUUGAAGGCUGAAGCUGUAGCGAAAGCGAAACAGUUUUCGCAUGAGUUGAAAGCUGAGUUGAGACGGUUUUCUUGGAGUCAUGGACAAGCUAGUAAGGCUUUAUCGAAUAAUGCUAACGGAAAUUACGGAUUUGAAACGGCUUUAGCAGCUCGUGCUUUGAGAAGGCAACGAGCGCAGCUCGAUCGAACUCGCUCCGGUGCGCAUAAAGCAUUGCGAGGGUUGAAGUUUAUGAGUAACAAAAGUAACGGCGUUGAAGCCUGGAAUGAAGUUCAAAGCAAUUUUGAUAAGCUUGCUAAAGACGGUUUCCUCUAUCGCGCGGAUUUUGCUCAAUGCAUAGGAAUGAGAGAUUCUAAAGAGUUCGCGCUCGAACUUUUCGAUGCAUUGGGCAGGAGAAGAAGAUUGAAAGUUGAAAAGAUCACUAGAGAAGAACUUUACGAAUUUUGGUCGCAAUUUACCGAUCAAAGUUUCGAUUCUCGUCUCCAGAUCUUCUUCGACAUGGUGGACAAGAAUGAUGAUGGAAGAAUUACCGAAGAAGAAGUAAAAGAGAUUAUAAUGCUGAGUGCAUCUGCAAACAAGUUGUCACGAUUAAAGGAACAAGCAGAAGAGUAUGCAGCUUUGAUCAUGGAAGAAUUGGACCCUGAAAGACUUGGCUACAUUGAGCUAUGGCAACUAGAGACUCUUCUCCUACAGAAGGACACGUAUCUGAACUACAGUCAAGCACUAAGCUACACCAGCCAAGCUUUGAGCCAAAAUUUACAAGGGCUAAGAAAAAGAGGGUCGAUAAGGAGACUAAGCCAACGGCUAGUCUACUUUUUACAAGAGAAUUGGAGGAGACUUUGGGUUUUGGCACUAUGGGUGAUGAUAAUGAUUGCGUUGUUCACAUGGAAAUUCUUUCAGUAUAAGCAAAAAAGUGCUUUCCAAGUGAUGGGUUAUUGUCUACUCACAGCUAAAGGUGCAGCCGAGACAUUGAAACUCAACAUGGCCAUUAUUCUUUUGCCAGUUUGCAGAAAUACAAUCACUUGGCUUCGCUCCACUAGAUUGGGUUACUUUGUGCCCUUUGACGACAACAUCAAUUUUCACAAGACUAUUGCAGCAGCAAUUGUUAUUGGUGUCAUUCUCCAUGCUGGAAACCAUCUUGCCUGUGAUUUCCCAAGGCUUUUGAAUUCAUCUGACAGAGACUAUAAUCAGUUCUUACGUAAUGACUUUGGAGGAAAUAAACCAUCGUAUGGUAAAUUGGUCCGAGGAGUUGAAGGUGCGACAGGAAUUCUAAUGGUUAUCCUAAUGGCAAUUGCAUUUACACUUGCAACAACAUGGUUCAGACGCAGCCUUAUUAAGUUUCCAAAGCCCUUUGAUAGGCUUACUGGGUAUAAUGCAUUUUGGUACUCACAUCACCUGUUUGUCCUUGUAUACAUUCUCCUCAUCAUCCAUAGUAUAUUCCUCUAUUUAGUCCACAGCUGGUACAAAAAGACGACAUGGAUGUAUCUUGCUGUUCCGGUUUUACUAUAUGCCGGAGAAAGAGCCUUGAGAUUUUUCCGUUCUGGCUUUUAUUCCGUCCAGCUUCGGAAGGUUGCAAUUUAUCCUGGAAAUGUGCUCACAUUGCAAAUGUCAAAGCCUCCCCAGUUUCGAUACAAAAGCGGACAGUACAUGUUUGUUCAGUGUCCUGCCGUUUCUCCAUUUGAAUGGCACCCAUUUUCCAUAACCUCUGCUCCUGACGAUGACUACCUUAGUGUUCACAUAAGGCAGCUUGGUGAUUGGACCCAAGAGCUUAAAAGAGUAUUCUCCGAGGCUUGUGAACGUCCUGUAGCCGGUAAGAGUGGACUUCUCAGGGCUGAUGAAACUACCAAGAAAAGUUUGCCAAAGCUAUUAAUAGACGGGCCUUAUGGCGCCCCGGCACAAGAUUACAGGAAAUAUGAUGUGCUAUUACUGGUUGGACUUGGAAUUGGAGCAACACCAUUCAUCAGCAUUCUCAAAGAUUUGCUGAAUAACAUUGUCAAAAUGGAGGAGCAGGCAGAUUGGGGAUCAGAUAUUAGUAGAACAUCAGAUUUAAGCUUUGGAAGUAAUGAAGGCUCAUCAAGCCACAAUAGAAACUCUCCAAAACGCAAAAAGACACUCAAGACCACCAAUGCUUACUUCUAUUGGGUAACUAGGGAGCAAGGCUCUUUUGAUUGGUUCAAAGGGGUCAUGAAUGAAAUAGCAGAUCUUGAUCAAAGGGGUGUAAUUGAAAUGCACAAUUACUUGACUAGUGUGUAUGAAGAAGGUGAUGCCAGAUCGACCCUCAUAACAAUGGUCCAAGCCUUAAACCAUGCGAAAAAUGGUGUGGACAUUGUUUCAGGCACUAGGGUGAGAACACAUUUUGCAAGGCCUAAGUGGAAAAAGGUCUUCUCUAAAUUAUGUUCCAAACACUGUAAUGCAAGAAUAGGAGUAUUUUACUGUGGAGCCCCUGUGUUGGCUAAAGAACUAAGCAAGCUCUGCUAUGACUUUAAUCAGAAAGGUUCAACCAAAUUUGAGUUCCACAAGGAACACUUUUAAAGAGACAAUUUGGGUGUAAAUAUAGCUAAUGCAAUCUGGAAUGUGAAGUAUUUAUGGAAUAAAUUAACCAUAAAGAUGAAGCACUGUACAGUGUUGUAUAGAAGAAGAAAAAAAAGAUAUAGUAGUAGACAAAAAAAAUCUAUUCAUUAGUAUUUAUAGACACUAAACUCAGUGGGUAGUGGAGAAAAAAACGAGUGGGUUACAGCUGAAAUUCAGAGGGUGACAUUGAUAAGGACAUACCUAUAGUGGGUGGGUAUACAAAUUAAGAGGACAGUUUUGAAAGGGAGAGACUUUGUGGAGGGUGGUGGAGAUAUGGCUUUUUUAUUUAUUGAAUUUUGCAAAUAUACUUUGUUUUUGUAUUUUCUGAAGUGGGGUAAAGAAGAAUAUUUCUAAAAUGUCAAUGCUGCUGGCAGGAGAAAGCCAAUUGAAGUCAUUAUUUAGUAGGAGUAGUUGAUUAGAACAAGAAAAUUAUGUAAAUCAUUAUUCAUCCUUUUUUGGUUUUUAUUUUUCUUCAAGAAGAUAUAUGUCCAAGAGAGGAGUAUAUAUUAUUAGUUUUUGUAUGGAACAUUAUUUUGGAUAGGGUACCUAUUGGAAAGUAAAAUGGGAUCCAUUCUAUUAAA